UUUAAUAUAGUAUAUCAUAGACACAGAGAGUACUAUUUGUCUUUUGCAUUCUUCUCAGAGAAAGAGAUUGAUAUUACAGCUAAGCGUUUUGUUUGGGGGCUUCCUUCCUUCUUACUCUCUGCUGCCGUUGUUGACCAUGACCCUUGAAUAUGUUCCUAUACUUAAACAGACAGACCGUUGAUACGAUUCUAUAGGUUUCCUGAGAAAAAGGUUUGAUUGUUUGAUUCAGCAUUGGCCUUUUUCACUUCUUGUCAUGGUGAGCUCUGUUUCAGACAUAUUGGCAAACAGAAGUUGGGCAAUUUGUAGUCAAAACUUGUAAUUUUUUUGGACCGGAAGUGUUCUUUUGAUUUCCUACGAAUUGGGUUUCUCAGUUUUUGGUAUUUCAUUAAUUGGGUUUUUGUUUGAUUUUUCAUACCUCUCCCCGUGUAUGAGAUUUUGGGUUUAGAGAGUUUGCUUGGAGCUCGUAUACCAUCUGUUAAUAUAGUUGAAUCUGAAUUGUUGGAAGUUUGAAUUGAUCCUUGCACUCUGGUGAUUUUGGGUUGCUGGGUUAUUAGAAGUGUAUCCAUUUUUGCCUUGUAAGCUUGAGGGAUGAAAGGAAAGUUUGGAACACCAGGAAGUUACUUUGUGUUAAACACAGGAGAUAAAAUUCCAGCAAUUGGACUUGGGACAUGGCAGAGUGGAGGAGACCUUUGUGUUCAAGCCGUAAAAACGGCAUUAUCAGUAGGCUACCGUCACAUAGAUUGUGCACAUCUUUAUGGUAACGAGAUCGAAGUUGGGGAAGCUUUAGCUGAAGCAUUUAAGGGUUCACUGAAGAGGGAAGACGUUUUCUUGACUUCUAAACUCUAUUGUACAAUGAAUUCUCUCAAUAAAAUUGAGAAUUAUGUUAGAGUUUCUCUUAAGAACCUUGGAGUUUCGUAUUUGGAUCUGUAUUUGAUGCAUUGGCCUGACAGCUCAGCGUUUGGUGAUGCCACUGAUCCUCCUUCAAAGUCUGGGAGCGAGUAUAGGCAAUUCUUGAAUCGGUUGAAGAAAGCAUGGAAAGCUAUGGAAGGUCUGGUUGAGUUGGGUCUGGUUAGAGCUAUUGGGGUCAGCAAUUUCAGUGUUCCGCAAAUCAAACAAUUGCUCAAGUUUGCAAAAAUUGUACCUGCAGUCAAUCAGGUGGAGUUGCACCCCUUUUGGAGGCAAGAUGAACUUGUAAAGUUCUGUCAAUUGAAAGGUAUCCAUGUAUCUGCUCACACACCCUUAGGAGUCCCAACCUCGACUCCUGGACCAUCUGAUAGCAGUUCAGGUGGGGAAGAUGAACCUGGAACUCCUCGCAUAUCAUUCAGGAGGUCAAAGUCUGUGCAUGGGCCUAUGCUAAAAUUAUCAACAGUUGCAGAGAUAGCAGACAGACACAGAAAAACACCUGAGCAGGUUAUUUUGCGUUGGGGGCUGCAAAGAGGAACCAGCGUGCUCCCGUGUAGCCUGAAGCCUGAUAGGAUAAGGAAAAACAUAGACAUUUUCAGUUGGUCUCUGUCAGAUGAUGAGUGGAACCGGUUGAACCAGAUUGAACCACAGGUGUGCCUAUUUGGAAAUGGUCCUUUGAAUAAUCUUUCAGAGAGUGGCUUUGUGUCUGGAAGUGGUCCCCUUCAAGCUGUGCGUGAGAUGGAAGAUGACAUGGAAUCCAGUGCCUGAUAUUUGAAUAAUAUCUUCGGAUGAUGUGCCGUGCCAUUUUUGUUCAAAAAAGUGAUCAUCCUUUAGUAUGUAUGCCCAUUGUUUGCAAGAAUUCUAGUUUGUGGAUGCUGAAUAGAAAGUCAAAGGAGACAUUAUUAAUUGGAAGUGGCAAAUAUUUCUUUUUAACUUCUUCUCAUUCUCAUGGGUGUAUUGAUGCUACAUUGAAAAGAAAAAAAAUGAUUACUGAAGUGAACCUUCAAAAAUAAAUUUUUUUGUUUUUUGUUUUUUCUC